GUUUCCGGUCGCGGAAAGACAACUUGAGGGGAAUUUUACUUUAAGAUUGUAUAUUGCUUGCAUGCUCCUCGUUGCCGUUGCGCUUUGCGAAGAUGUCGGCCUUGCAGACGUUUCUGCUGGUCGUUGACCAUAAUAAAGAGGAAGCGAAGGAGAUUGCUGAGCGGGUUGCUCAUGAUGUCGAAACCCGGAAAACAACCCUCAUCGAAAUCGUGCAGUCCCUGGGCGAGUACAUCAAUGACGAGGAUUCCAUUCUGCGGGGCAAAGCCGUUUCCUAUCUCACGGCCGUGAUCAAGGCGCUUUCUCCAAAGUACCUGUCGAGACAACAGAUACAGGUUCUGACGACGUUCUUUUGCGAUCGCAUUGAAGAUGGAGGUGCUGUUACUGGGCUGGAGACGUUGCAGAAACUGGAUCGGUUUCAUAGGGAGUUAGCUGAGGAGGUUGCGAGAGCAACGUUUGGAUACCAGGGUUUGCAGUCGCGGUCCCAGUCUCAGAGGUUCCAGGUUUAUCAGUUGUUGAAUGAGUUGAUGUUGAAUCAUCGUUCUGCGCUGCGGGAGAUGGGCGAUGACUCGAUUGUUGGGAUUGUGGACUUGAUGACUGGGGAGAAGGAUCCCCGGAAUCUUAUGCUUGUGUUCUCGAUUUUGAAGGUGGUGAUGGUCGAGUGGGAUAUUUCCAACCACGCUGAGACUCUAUUCGAUGCGGUGUAUAAUUACUUCCCCAUCACGUUCAGACCUCCUCCGAACGAUCCUUAUGGUAUCACCGCGCAGGACCUGAAGAAUCGCCUGCAGGAGUGCAUCUCUUCGACGAGACACUUUGCACAGUAUGCUAUUCCGUCUCUGCUGGAUAAACUUGAUUCAACCUCUCCGAAUGUCAAGAAAGACGCACUUAAUGCACUGAUUGCUUGUAUCCACACAUUCGACCCAGACACCGUGUCAAGAUAUUCCAUCACCAUCUGGGAAACUCUAAAGUUCGAGAUCCUCAACGCACAAGAGGAAUUCCUCUCCGAUAUUUCGCUAGAGGCUUUGCAGGGUAUCGCUAAGCGACUAUCUGAAGGCGUCAUGGAGGCUUCGCCGCAAUUGCCUCUUGCUCAGUACUUGAGACCGAUUACGAAAGAAUGCAACGAGCAGUUACGAGAGCCUCAGCAAAAGCAAGCGAAGCCUUCCCAACAAAUCUUGAGCUAUACAUCUGCUGCAUCGGCCGUCGCAUUGACCUUAAUUGUGCAGAGUGUUGUUGCGCCGCUGUUGACAAUUUACCAGGAGGCCGAUGGGAUCGUCAAGCAGAGAGCUCUGCUGGAGACGUUGGUUGUUUUGUUCGAUUCUGCUAUCUCAGUCUUUGGAGAAUGGACUUCGCGUGGUCUUGAGACCAUCCUUGGCAAUCCUUUGCUGGAGUUUAAGGAUCAGUUUUCUGAGAUUUUCGGUCAAGCAUUAAUGGGGUCUGCAAAGGAAGAAGCGUCUUUCCGCGUCACGGCGCUCAAGGGAUUCCUCCGUCUAUCGACCCUGCGUGACUUUUUCCAGGACAACGAGAUAGGACUAUUCGUGCAAUAUCUCGAUGAGAUUCUGCUGACGGAAGAGUCUGUGGGCCGGGAUGAUCUCAAAAAGGAGGCCAUUGCCGCUCUCGCUGAGAUCUCCAAGUACAAGCCGCGCCUGAUUAUGGACAUAACCUUCCCUGCUUUCGUGGCAACUCUUCCGGACUCUGAUGAUGGAACAAGCUCUAACUACUUGCCGACGCUCGAAAGCUUGGCGAAGAUCAGCGUUGAAAAAGAUAUCUUCGAGACAUUAGUGCGCCGUUUGUUGAGCAAGCUGACUAUCUUGCUACAGAAGGAGGAGCCCGGGUCGCCAGCAUACCCAAGAGCAAUCCUCUUGACCAUUCUCUAUGUCAUGGAACAGAGGAAGAUGUACCAAGAUCCAAACCUAGGGCUCUAUUACGAGAAGAUCGUAAUGGGUUUCUGCAAGAGUGUUGCUGCUUCGGCUUCUGGAAAGGCAGCGAAUAGGAUUCUAAAUGAUGCUACGGUAUUGGACACGCUGGGACGACUCUGCAACUUGAUUGUGCGAUCUGUUUCAAAACAGCAGCAGGAUGAAGUUGCUGCGAAUGUUUACACAUUGUUCGCUCCAGCUGAGGAGUUCUCGCCGGUUCCUUUUGCACAAUCCGCAAGUGAAGACCACCAGCGUACGAUGAUCGUGUCGACAUACCUCCUCGCAGGCCUAUCAAAGGACUGCACAACCAUCCCCUACACAACCUCCAACAUGUCCGAUCUUCUCUCAGACCUAAUCCAACGCUCCACCACCUCAACCGAACCAGCAACACAACUCGCCCUCCUCCGCCACUUCUCCCUCCUCGUCAACAAAUUCCUCUCCAAGACCGAUGUUUCCAUCGCCACAGAAAAAUUCACCUCCCUCCUCCCCUCCAACACAGAAUCCCAAACCCAACCUCUCACCCCCGAAACCAUUAAAACAACCUUCUGGCUUUCCAAAGCCCUCAUCCUUCGUCUCGUCCCCAGCACAACAACAAUCCUAACAUCCCUUCUCUCCCUCCUCUCCUCCCCCUCCGAAGCAACAAGCACAACUGCCUCCCGCGGCUUCGCCAUCCUCCUCAGCGAUGACGAUGUCCUCUCCCCAAUUAACGGUGCCAAUGUCCGCCUCCUCUGCAAACAACGCGUCUUCACAACCGUCAUUCCCCUAAUCGCCAAUAAAAUCCGACAAGUCAAUAUCGCCGGAAACUCCGAUUCAAAAGCCCCCUCAGCGCCAGCGCAUAUUAAACCAGCACAUUUAACAGCGCUAUCGGGGAUCCUAUCCACUAUCCCACCAGCACUCGUCAUGCCUGAAUUACCCACUUUACUUCCGCUGCUCCUUCAAUCGCUCGAUCUCCAAACUAGUGACUCCCACGCAGUCCGUGCAGCAACACUAGAGACACUUGCCGUGAUCAUCCGCGACAAUGGCGUCUCUGUGAUCGAUGAAUGCGGACACAUUCAGAGCCUUGUCACGCGCCUUCUCAACACAGCUGCCUACACACCUGGUGCGAAAGCAGCAAUGAACCCCUCGCGCCUCCGUACAGACUCUGUGAAAUGUCUGUAUCUGCUUGCGCAGACGCCGAGUCCGGAUGCGCCUGCUGUUGUAAGGGCGGGCAAGUUGUCGCCGCUGCUGCCGGUUAAGGCGCAGGUGUUGAGGGCGUUGAAAUUGGUGCUUGAUGAUCCGAAGAGAGAUGUUAGGAAGGCGGCUGUUGAUGCUAGGGGGGCUUGGUUGAGGGGGGUGGAUGAUGCUGAGGAGGAUGAGGAUUGAGUAGGUUUGAAAAAAGUUGGCAUAUUUAAAAGAAAUUUUAUGUUAUGCUUGAUGAUGGUA